AAAGAGGCGUGCCGGCCGGUGGUGUCUGUGCGUUUCCGUGUCACUUCCUGUAUUUUCGGCGGAGGGGCAAAAACUUUUCUCGGCUCGGACGCGGCCGGGGACAAGUUACUUUUUUAAGGCCUUCUGGCGUCAAAUGGUUUAACUUAUCAUCUAAGUGUCACUGCAUCGCCCCCAGCUCGCUUUCCCCCUCCCGAGCUGACAGAAAGUUUGGAGCCAUGGCUGACGGACGAGAAGAGGAGCAGAGAGAAGAAGACCAGGAGCUUCUGGGCGCAGUGGGUGGGGAAGAUGUCAUCGAUGACCCCAUCAUUGAUCAGGGAGCAGUGCUCCUCAGAGGAGUCGUGCUUUCCUUUACAGAUUCAAUAUCGGGCGAGACAGUCCAUGACCCUCAUUCUGUGUACAUGUCCUAGGUAUGUGAUUGAACGUAUAAACGCCCAGGAGCCCGGUCGACACGUGUCGCCUGAGGAUCUGGGAGGAAGGUCGAGUGAACAACAGGAUCCACAAAUCAAAGAAGUGGUGGAACAGCUGCUAAAGAUCGCUGAUGACCUGAACAGGAACGCCGAGCUCCAACAACUCAUCAACCAGGUUCCAGGCAACUGUGCCCAGGGUAUCUUCAUGAAGGUGGCCAGAAACAUCUUUGCUGAUGGCAUCAACUGGGGUCGUGUGGUGGCUCUCUUCCAUCUGGCCUACAGACUCAUCUACAAGGCGAUAACAAGCAACCAUCUAGAGAACAUCAGAAUCAUCAUCAGCUGGGUUCUUCAGGUCAUCAGAGAGCAGCUCCACACCUGGCUCGUACAGCAGGGAGGCUGGGAGGGGGUGAUCCGUGGGAUUUCUCGUUGGAGGACAGUAGCCAUAGUAGCAUCAGUAGUAUUAGUGGCAACUUUUGUUUACUACAGGAGAACACGCUGAGAGCUGCAGACCUGCAGACCUCACAACCAGGACCGCAGUGCCAUCACUUGGGGAAAAGCCACUGCAUAAUAGAGGCAGUUUCUAGAAACAUUUACGACCACUUCUAAGCCUCCGUCUUCUAAUGCAGAGGAGGUCAAAUACUGUACUAAGGAUUUUUUUCUUUUAAGGAUUUCAAGAGCCAAAAAAGUGCUUUUACAGUCUGCUGUCCAUCAGGCGUCUCAAGCAGCAACUUCAAACCUAAUUUCAUGGAAUGACACGUUCAGCUGCAUCACCACCUACAGUAGCCAUAUUGGAGGGUUUCCCCCCCCGGGUGCAGCAGAUGAUGGUGUUCAUGAACAAACAGACUGGAGGACCAAACCCCACCUGAACCACAGGUCUCAAGAUUAUUUUGUUUCUUUUGGUGGUCCAACCUAAAUUUGACCAGGUUCUAUGUGGAUCACCUAAAAUGACAAGAAACGGUCUGAAAAAAAAAUUCUGAUGACAAAAUAUGCUGCAACCUAAGUUUGCUAAUCACGAUUCAACAAUUACAGAGCAAGUUGGCUUUAAAAAAAAAAGAGAUCAUGUUUACUCAAACGUUCACUAAUCAAAAGGCACCGAAACGAAACUCACCAAAUUCACAUUCAUCAUCAGCUGAUGUUUCUGAUGUGUUCAUCUAAUGUACUGUGUUGCUCUAUUAGAGUUUUUUUUAAAACAAAAUAUACUCAACAACAUCUUUGAUUUCCGCUUCGACAAACGUGAAAACGAUCUUCAGCCCUUCAGGAUUUCCAACACCUUGUUCAAUAAACUUCACACUGCAAACCUUAAAGGAAGAAUACACAACUUUUUCAGACGGCUGUUUGGCGACAACUCCGCUAUUCUCUAGCCUCCGCUCUCUUCCAGCGGCACACCUCCAACUCCUCUCCACUCGAAUUCACAGGAAGGAGUUAUCAAUUAAAACGCACCAUGAAGCGUAAGCGGUGGACACAAUUGUCCUUCGCUCGAGCUGCAAUUGUUGUGUUAGCAUGCUAAUGUUAGCACACUUUAGUUAACUCAUAGCUUCAUAGUCAUCUACAGACACUUACACUGAAAUACUUUAAACCAUAGACACUGGCUUUAAAAGUGUCUCUGAGUCAGCUAAUGCUAACGUUAAUGUAAAAACAGAGCAUUGGCUGUCCAGCAUCUAUGCACAACAUAACAGACACAUUGGUAUUGCUGCAUAUGUUUGUUAGAGGGUGAAAUACUUUACCGUUGUUGAAUCAGCAUUUAAAGAGUCAGUCUGUUAGCUAAGUAAAUAUUGAAUGUGGUCUGCUGACCGUCUCUGUACUGUGAACACGACUGCUUUUUAAACUGGCUCAACCGAACCUCACGAGUAGUUUCAUUUUAGCACUAACUUAGCCUGCUUUGCUAACAAAGGCAAAUUCAACCGUUGCAUUGGAGACAGGGUUGUGAAACUCUGUAUCAGUAGGAUUUAGCUUUUUCCUGACUUCAUUUUUGCCUGAUCUGAUUCCUCACGUUGAGAUUUUUGUCACAUUGGUCUACGUUUGAACUCAUACAUUGUAAGAGCUUCAGUAAAGUAGAGUAUCAUAAAGCAGCCUGACUGUCCAACAUCUCAACCUCGUCGUCAUUCCCAGCUCGGUUGCUCUGUGUAGUAUUUUAACAUCAUCCUCACAUAACAUUUUAAUGAGGAUGGAUGCUGGUAGAGUUUCAUAAAUAUAAGAAAUUUGUUUUUAUCUUCUACCGCUGCAAAAAGCAUUAAUUUUUUUCUUGUUUUUUUAUUUGUAAAAAUCUCGAUUAAGAUUCUUGAAAACAUGAGAAAAAGGACCAGACUUUAAAAAAGAAAAGAGUUGUUCCGUGGGUAAAGGUGUAAAUGUUUAAAGGGGUCAUAUUCUGCUUUUUCUGGUUUUAUAUGCUCUUUAGUGUGUUUUCCAUGUAUCCUGUGCAUGUUUAGGCACAUCUAUGUGCAAAAAUUCAAAGUCCGCGGAAACGUGGCUUCUCCUACCUCCUCCUGUUAGCUGUAGCAUUAGCUGCAUGUAACGCUCGGUUCUAGCCCCCUCAAAAAAAUUGCUAGUGUGACGUCUUGUCAGUGUGAUAUCACUGAUCUAAGCCCAUUGGCUCGUUGUGGUAAGCCCUGCAGCUCAUGUUGCACGCCCGUUAACUUCUGUAGCACGCCCACGAUCUGCCGUAGCCUGCGGUAGCACAGUAGUGCUAAGGUGCUAAUGUUUUUGCUCCCCUCGGAGCCAAAGUGGCUGCAUUCCCAAUAUGGUAAAAGGGGCGUGACAAUUCCGAGAACCGUGCUGAGCGACUGACCAAUUACGGCAGAGCCGACAGGCCGACCAAUCAGAUCAGACUUGGCACACGUGGGGACUCUGAACGUGGGCACUUCAGAGCCUUAGAGAGAGAGUCAGAAGAGAGCCGGUGCAUGGAGCGGCAGUACAUGAAAACAGACACUUUUUUAGAACUUUAGCUAUUGUGAACAUACUUUAGUAGGUACAUAGAUUAAAUAUAUGAACCCCAAAAGGGCAUAAUAUGACCUCUUUAAAUCAUGUUUGUUAUUUUGGCUAGUAAGGGUAUUAUUUGUUAUGAUUUAUUUUAGAACAGUCGAUGGCUUAUAGCAAACUCUUAUCUAGUGCCAACUGAGCUUUUAUCAAAUAUUUUUACUGUCAAAAUGAUUGUGCAAUGUUAAAGGGAUGUUUACUAUUUAUCUGCGGUUUUCAGGUGUUUUCGUAAAAAUGUGACCUGCUUAUUUUAUUCUCAGUAAAAUGAUGUGAUUGGACUUGAGUUCUGUGAAUAAAUAUGUGUUAAACCACA